AUGGCUGACGAUCGAUCUGGAAUAUGGAAAUUGCCAUCAGAAGACGAUCCUUCACAUUACACCAUGACCGGUUCAGCAAUAGCUUGUAUUCACGGCCGUCAUUCGGCACAAUGUGUGCGAUGCCAACAGCAACGAUACCACCAGCAGUUCCCAGCAACAUUUGCAUCCUCAGCAUAUCAACUUGCACCUGAACAGCUUGGCACAUCUCCUUUAUCAUCCUAUCAAACCGCAGCAUCAUUUACAAAUCAUACCCAACAACAACAACAACGUACCAAUGGAUGGUGGAUACCUCGUAGUACUUCAGGCAAUAGCGUUACUGCCGCCGCUGUAAUGCCGGAUGCUCAGCUGUCAAAAUCACCAACAUCCUAUAUGGGAACAUACAACAGCAGCGACGAUUACAACUACUUUGAUGUCGUGUUCGAUGAUGGCUCACGUCAAAAACGAUCCGUGUCUUUGUCCACUGUACCGCUCUAUCUUGAUACCAAUGCAGCUAAUCAAUAUCAUCCCCAUCAUCAUCCACAACAGCCUAUGCGUCGAGAGGCCUCCGAGACAACCUUGUUGCUGCCGAAACGCAAGUAUGAAGGAGCCAAAAUGGAUAGCGACGAUGAUUCAUCUGAUGACGGGGAGGAGCAACCGGAUCGAUUGUUUGGUCUCAACAAGAACCCUGUUGUACAACGCAUCUAUCAGUGGCGUAAGGGCCUUCCUCACAAACAAAAGAUGAUCUUGAAAUGCAGCUUUGCAUACUUUCUUGGUUCUCUCUUUACGUUUGUUCCAUUCCUCAACCAAAUCGUCGGUGGUACAGCUAUCAGCAGCCAUAUCGUUGCCACAGUAACAGUCUUUUUCAAUCCCGCUAAAUCAAUGGGUGGCAUGGUGGAAGCUGCAGGAUUCGGUUUGCUAUAUGGUGUACUGGGGCUAUUGGUAUGCCUAUGCAGUUUGGCAUGCAUGGAUUAUCUUUUGGUGGACCAUCACAUGUAUCUCGCGUCAUGCAUUGUUACACUUGGCGUAUUUGUUGGUGGAGGCACAUUUCUUGUGGCAUUUCUCAAGGCACAUUUGGAUAAACCAAGUAUACGUACGGCAUCAUCCCUAGCAUUCAUUGUUCUCUUUUCGGUUCUUAUACGUGAAACAUCUGCCAGCAAGCCCUUUGAUGCCACCAAGGUCGAAUUGACAUUCAACGUGGUUAUUAUUGGUACCAUCAUUUCAGUGGCAGUGUGCUAUCUUGUGUGGCCAACUCGCUCUACCAAAAAGCUCAAAUCUGAUAUCAAUGCCACCUUGGAAUCCAUUCGCAUAUUGCUAAAGUUGCUCACCAAGACGUUUUUGUUGGAUGCCGAUUUGCCUGAUUUUACAGCCAACAAGCAGCUGGAGAGUGCCAUCAAAUCCCACCGCUCAUCAUUUGUUGCAUUACGAUCUUCGCUCAAGGAGGCCAAGCUGGAGUUUUACAGCCUUGAUAUGUGGCGUCAUUCGGAUGGCUAUGAUCGAACUGUAUCAAGUCUUCAGCGAUUGGCACAGCAUAUUAGUGGGCUACGUAGUAGCUGUGGUCUUCAAUUUGAAGCUAUGCAAGAGCAUCAACAACAUCAACGAGGAAAAGCAUCAGCAGCAGCAGCACCCACGCCCAUCCCAUCAGCUACCACCAAAAGCCAAAAACAAAAAAUGGCAUCCAGCAAGAUUGAACCUGAGGCACCCAUUCACGUCAAAGCGGAUGGACGACGACGCAAGAUGGAAAAUGAGCUACGACGAGAACACAGCAUGGUGUUUUACAUGGAUGAUGAUAUGAUGGGAGAAAGUCCAAGUAUGGAACGUCAAGUAUCAAAUACGAGUGUGCUUAGCAACAACAACAAUGGUCAACAUUUUCCCCUGGAUCCAGUACCAGAGACGCCUGGUAUCGAAGGAGGGGAAGGUGCUUUGGUUCAAUUCAUCCGCACCAUUCGACCCCCCAUGAAGUCAUUGGCGUACACUUGCAAGCAAACCAUCAUCCAUAUCCAGGCACAUUUUACUGGCAACAUCACAGCAAGCACACCCUCCUUUGAACUUUUGAAGCAAAACUUGACAACUGCUUUGGCCGUGUUUGAAGAAUCUGAGCAACGUGCCCUCAUGCAACUUUAUCGACGUAAACGCAAACAUAAGCGUGCGAGACAACAAUCAUGGCAACAACUACAACAACAAAUGGACCCACGUCAACUACAUUCACAAUUGAUGCAACAAUUUCCAGCCGAAGAUGUCUUUCUCGUCUAUUUCUUCGUGUUUUGCAUGGUCGAGUUUGCCAAGGAGUUGAUGUGUUUGAUCGAGGAAGUACAAGCUGUGUUUGAGAGCGAUUGUGAUACCAUGGGAUUCUGGGCACAUUGCAAGGAAUUCUUUCAUCUCAUGUUUGCCCGUGCUUCACGCCCUAAUGAUGAUUUACCCGAGAAACAUGCAGCAGAAGAGAUUUUCAUACCCAACAAUCACAACACCACCGACACACUUCAAACACCAUCACCCACCACCUACAUCCGCAAAUGUUUCCUUCAACUUUGGAGCUUCUUUUCCUGGUUCAGAAAUCAUACCGUGCGUUACGCUAUCAAGGCCACGCUCGUUUCAGUGGGUGUUGCCAUGUUGGCUUUCAUUCCUGCCACACAGCACUAUUUCAGAGAAUACCGGAUGGAGUGGACACUCAUUACAAUUAUGGCUGUCAUGUCACCUACAGUGGGUGGUACCAAUAUUGUGGCAGUGCUACGAGUACUUGCAACCAUCCUGGGGUGCAUUGUCGCGGCACUCGUAUACACUGCCUUUAAUGGCAAUGUUUAUUUGCUAAUGCUAUGCACGUGGGUGUUCUCUCUUCCAUGUUUCCAUAUCAUCCUCAAUCACAAGCAUGGGCGAUUUGGUCAAUUUGCCCUAUUGGCGUACAACCUGGUAGUCCUCUACAGCUACAAUCAUCGUGACGAUCUUGAUGUGGGUGAUGUGUAUGAGUUGGCAUGGAAACGAUGUGUGGCGGUGUCUCUUGGUGUCAUUAUUGGUCUCGUGGUGACAGCAUACAUUUGGCCAUAUGAAGCACGCAAGGAGUUACGCAAGGGCCUUUCUGAUCUUUUGCUGCAUCUCUCUUGGUUAUACAAGCAACUCGUAUCCGUUUAUUCCGAGACGACCUCUGAGACAGAUGCGGAUGCCUAUUCACUUUUGAUUGAACAAAUGUUUUAUGAUACCCGAACAAACAACCCUGAUGCACCAGGCACAAGCAGCAGUAGCAGUGGCAAUGGUACUACUACCGGCAAUAUGCCAACAGCAGCUGCCAUGGAAGCUUUAGCAGCACGCAACAAGAUCCGGGCACUUCGGUUCCAAAAGGUCGAAUUGGCACUUCAAGUGAGCUUGGUCACGCUGCGAGGUCUCUUGACACAUGCACCCAAUGAGCCCCGUUUGAAGGGACCCUUCCCCGUAAAGAUGUACGAGUCGAUGCUUUCUUCAUGUCAAAAUAUCCUUGAUAAGCUCUUGUCAAUGCGCAUUGUGAUCUUGAAGGACGUAUGGGCGAUCCAAGUACGUCGUGCACUCAUGCUACCCGCCUGCAAAGAAUGGAUGGAUAUGGCUGGCAACAUUUUAUUGUACUUUUAUUUGCUCGCAUCGGCUCUUCAACUCAAGACACCAUUGCCACCCUAUUUGCCCCCAGCUGAAAAAGCACGCCAAGUCCUCUUUGAUAAACUCGAGGAAGUGUUGCCAUCUACUUCAGCAGCCUCUGCCCAAGACGAAAGCUACAUGGUCUUCUACGCUUACCUAGGAAUGAUGGAGGAGGUUAUCCAGGAAUUAGAUAAGCUCGGGGAGAACAUGAAGGAGCUUUAUGGUACACUGGUACCUGCAGAUCAAUGGGUUCGGUGUUUUGGUUUAUUGGAGCCCAUGGAACAAGGCAGCUUGGAUCCAGCAUUCGUUUUCAAUUUUGACAAAAAGCCAUAG